AUCAAAACUUUCUAUUAGUUUGUUACAACUGUAUCAAAAAAUUAGUUUAUAUAUUUCUAUAGUAAAAGUAACAACGGAAGAAGAAAAAUUAGAUUUUAAAAUUCAUGAAUUCUCCUGAUAAUACGAUGAAUCGGAAUGUUGAUCCACGCACAACAGUCUUCUCGCCCGACGGACGUCUUUAUCAGGUGGAAUAUGCCAUGGAAUCCAUUUCCAAUGCUCCCACUUGCUUGGGCAUCGUAGCAACGAAUGGAAUUGUUUUGGCCACGGAAUGUCGGAAUGCAAACAAACUGCAGGACACGACCGUAAUGCCCUCGGAGAGAAUGUAUAGGAUCAAUGAAAAUAUGAUCUGUGCGGUGACGGGCACUCAAUCGGAUGCCACUGUCCUGAUAAGUGAAUUGCGUCUAAUGUCACUACGUUAUCAAUUAAUCUAUAAUGAGGUAAUACCAUGUGAACAAAUUGUCACCCAGCUGAGUGAUAUUAAACAGGCCUAUACCCAAUAUGGGGGGAAGCGACCUUUUGGCGUUUCAUUCCUCUACAUGGGCUGGGAUGCCAUGUAUGGCAAUCAGCUCUAUCAAUCGGAUCCAAGUGGUAACUUUAGCGGUUGGAGGGCCACAUGUAUUGGCACAAACUUUAACAUGGCCAUGGCUAUGCUAAGGGAAGAGUUAGCCGAUGAGAAGCAGAUUACAUUGAAACAGGCCAUGGAUUUGGCUAUUAAAGUGCUUGACAAGGCGAUGUGUAUAACCAAAAUCAGUUCAAGCACCGUGGAAAUGGCCACUUUACAACGUAUUGAUAAUGCAACCGUCUUCAGUGUCCUGGACAAUUACGAAGUGGAUAAGCUUAUCAAGAAAUUAAAGAAGCAAGAAUUAGAAACUGGCCAAAAGUAUUUUUGAUACAGAUUUAAUAUGAUGUUAAAUGAGUUGAUUUUGUUUUGCCUCUAAUGUUCAUUAAAUAUACCUCCAAUUACUGAAUUGAGGAUUACGUUA